CACUUGGUUGAGAAAGAGCAUAAGAAAACCCCACGUUGUAGUGAGGUUGAGGGGAAAAACAAUGGGGUCUCUGAUGGCCUCCUCCGCCACACUCACUCUGCUAUUGGCAUUACUGUCUUUAACCUUCCCGUCUCAAAUCUCAGCUGAUAACUACUUGUACUCAUCACCUCCACCACCUAAGAAACCUUAUUAUUAUCACUCUCCUCCUCCUCCCUCUCCACCACCACCAAAAAAACCAUACUACUACCACUCUCCACCACCACCUUCACCUCCUCCACCCAAGCCAUAUUACUACCAUUCUCCUCCACCACCUUCCCCACCUCCACCUAAGCCAUACUACUACCACUCACCACCACCACCACCCAAAAAGAAGCCAUACUACUACCACUCUCCACCUCCACCUUCACCACCUCCACCAAAGCCAUACUACUAUCACUCACCACCACCUCCUUCACCACCUCCACCAAAGCCAUACUACUAUCACUCACCACCACCACCACCCAAGAAGAAGCCAUACUACUAUCACUCUCCCCCACCACCUUCACCACCUCCACCUAAGCCAUACUACUAUCACUCACCACCACCUCCUUCACCACCUCCACCUAAACCAUACUACUACCACUCACCACCACCACCACCCAAGAAGAAGCCAUACUACUAUCACUCUCCCCCACCACCUUCACCUCCUCCACCUAAGCCGUACUACUACCAUUCUCCUCCCCCACCCUCACCACCUCCGCCUAAGCCAUACUACUACCAUUCUCCCCCGCCACCUUCACCACCUCCACCGAAACCAUAUUACUACCACUCGCCACCCCCACCUCCACCCAAAAAGAAACCAUACUACUACCACUCUCCACCGCCACCUCCUCCGAAGAAGCCUUACUACUACCACUCACCGCCUCCUCCUCCCAAGAAGCCCUACAAAUACUCAUCUCCCCCACCUCCAGUGCACCCUUAUCCCCACCCACACCCCCAUCCCCACCCACACCCCCAUCCCCACCCACACCCCCACCCACACCCUCCCUAUGUUUACCACUCUCCUCCCCCACCGGUCCACCCUUACCCUCACCCGCAUCCACACCCACAUCCUCAACCUCACCCCCAUCCACACCCACACCCACACCCUCCCUACGUGUACCCCUCUCCUCCUCCACCCCCUAAGAAGCCUUACAAGUACCUGUCGCCUCCACCUCCUGUCCACCCAUAUCCCCACCCACACCCACACCCUCUUCCACACCCACACCCUCUUCCUCACCCCCAUCCUUUGCCCCACCCACUUCCUCACCCCCAUCCUUUGCCCCAGCCACACCCUCAUCCUUUGCCUCACCCUCAUCCUCCUUACAUUCCCCACCCAAUCUAUCACUCUCCACCACCACCACCCUACAAGAAGCCCUACAAGUACAAGUCCCCUCCUCCACCACCCCCGCACUACAUCUACGCAUCACCUCCCCCUCCUUACCACUCUUAGACGGUGGCCAACUAGGAUAGUUCUAUGGAUGUGACGAAUAUGUGCGACAAAUAAAGGAAGCGAUGGAAAGAAGGGCGUCUGGCUUGGCGAUGCACGAAAGAGAAAAAUGGAAGCAAAGUUUCCGCGUUUUGUCUUUCAUAAAAAGAUGUUUAAAUUAUUUUCUAUGAUAGGGUUGUUUCUGCUAUUUUACUUCUUUUAUUUAUGAAUUUGGUGUAUUUUAACAGUUGUAAAGCACUGCGCUCUGCGGAUCAUCGGUCAUAAUAGUACAACCUACCAUGCUCUGUAGUUUUCAACCAGCUGCGUUUGCAGGGGUCGUAAAACUAUUCAAAUAUAAUUAAAUAAAUUAUAAUCUCUUUUCCGCACAA